AUGGGUUGUGGUGGAUCAAAGGUAAAGCCACAGCCACCUCAAGCGGCUGCACCGCCUCCGCCAAAGCCACCAACACCACCGCCAAAAUCGCCAAGUGUCCCAUCGGAAGCGUCAGUGGUUGAGGAAGUUGAGGAGGUGCCAUUAACUCCAAGAGCCGCACGCCUUCAGAAUGUCAUUGCAGUGAAAGAGACGGGUUUCGUGUACAACAAAUGCACCGUUACCGGUGAAGUGACGUCAUUCUUCCCACCGAAGGGCCAAUGUUUCCGCAUCAUUGAUGAAGAGGGUCGCUGGUUCUUCUACAACGACACCAUGAACUAUGAGAUGUGCGUACAGGUCGUUAUCGCCCCCGAGUCAUAUGUGGAACAUUGUGAAGCAACAACAGUGAAUACAAAAGAGAAUGGAGAGACCGUCAUAUCUGCCGUUGUAUACCCACUAGAAACACUGGAGUUCCUUUCUGGUUCAGUGGUGUUGAAUACAGUUGAUGUGUACGCACACCCACUGUCCCAGCAGUACUACAAUCAUCUCCAGAUUAUCAGUGAGGAAGGUAAGAAAGAUGUGGAGGCGGUCAUGGCACUACCGUGGGAAGAAGUGGACGAUGAAGAACUUCUAAAACUAUGCUCAGACUCUCUUGUGCGUUACGCUGACAUAAAUUUCCUCCCGUCAAACAGCAUGUUCUCACGCCUUGAUGGUGAUGGUCGGUUUAUCCAGCCAGUGGAGGUGCGUCGUCCAAGCGAGUUUGCUCAAUGUGGCGAGGAAAAUAUCGAUGCUGUGCGCGGUGUCGUCCUUUCCUCCUGCGUGGAGGCGGGCACGCUUGGAGAUUCGUGGUUCGUAAGUGCGCUUUCCCUGCUUGCCACCGAUGAGGAACGCGUCAAGGCGAUGUUUGCCUCCACCACACCUGCCGAGAAGCAAAUGGGCGCCUACCGUGUCCUACUGAACAAAGACGGAUGGUGGAAGAACAUUCUGGUAGAUGACUUUCUUCCAACAGUUGGUGGUGUGCCAUGCUACGCACGCUGCAUCGAUGACUCCGGAGAGUUGUGGCCAUCUUUGCUGCAAAAAGCUUACGCAAAAUUGUAUGGCUCUUAUGCAAGCAUCACAGGAGGCGACACACUCCUCGCCCUACAGAACUUUACUGGAGCGCCAGUGUACCGAUUCGAUAAAGCAUGGCGUGACGCGGCGACGGAUGAGGAGAAAAAGAAUGCACUCAUUCAGAAGAUUACGGGAUAUGUUGAAGCUCACAAUCCCGUCAUUUUGAGCGUUCCAACCGGAAGGAAAGCAGCAACCGCUGUUGCGAAUGGUCUCAGGGAAGGUUACUCAUACGCGCUGCUGUCUGUCCACAACUUCCCUGAGGAGAACAUUACGCUUCUGAAGAUGUUCAACCCGUGGGAACCUGCGAUGCCGUGGUCCGGUCAGUGGCGAGAAGGUAGCGACAAGUGGACCGAGCACAGCGAGAUACAGUCGAGUUGCGAGCCGUGCUUCGAAGCGCAUGACGGUAUAUUUUUCAUCGAAUGGUCAGAAGCUGUUGAGGUAUUUAAUGGUUGCGGAGUUCUGUACUUGGACGAGAAGCCGGUGUAUGACUACCGUGUUGCUGGUGAAUUUGACAAUGAACAUCCCAAUCUUGUGCUUAUGAUUCGGGCAAAGGAAACCGUUGAAGUUGUGUUAACUCUUUCGCAGAGGGAUAAACGCGGUCUUCCCUUAGAGUCUCCUGAUGUAAAACUGUCGCCUGUGUUACUGUGUGUCUCCCGUGCGGAGGGCAAUAAACAAUUUGUGUAUCAAUGCAGCAGCUCUGAUCCCGAAACCCCUGCAGAAGGCUUUAACUUUGUUGUGGGGCGAGACGUUGCGAUGAAAUGUACCUUUGAAGCCAGCGAGACUCCAUACUUUGUCAUUCCUCGCAUCCACCGCGGGGGAACAUGCGAGGGUCGCCGCAAGGGUUUCGUAAUUGGCAUUCGGUCCAGCACACCAUUGGACGAAAAGCUUGACAUUCACUUCACCACACUUGAACCGACUUGUCGCGUGUUUCGCAACUGCGUCACAUUUACCUCCUACCGGGUGCCUGGUGCUGUACGUGAAUGGCAAGUAAAAGCAGCUGAUGCGGAACCAACACCCUUUUGGGGAUGGGGCCUCUCUCCAGCGGAAGUAUACUACGAAAACAAUGAAGAAGAUGCAGAGGCAAUAAGGGAAUAUAUCGUGACUGAAGCAGAAGAACCUGUGUCACUCAAUGCUGAAACAAUACUAAACGAUGACCAGCCGCAAAUGGAUAAAGAGGUCUCACAAGCGGCUCAUGAGGAAUCCUGCGAGCUUACAGAAGAGUUGGAAGCUGAAGAAGGGCCGGAAGCUGAGGAGAUUGCAACUGAACCUGCAGCUGAAGAAGUGCCCGUUGUUGAAGAGACCCAAGCCGAUGAACCCGAGCCGGCAAUGGACGUACCGCAGCCGCAAGCGCCGCCUUCACCACAAAACCAUGGAAACGACAAUUCCGAAAGUUCUGAGGAUGGAUUGGACAGGUUCAGGGUGGCUGCAUCCGAUGCCUUUGAAAUACCGGGUGAUGAAACUGACAGUGAUGAAUAA